CGUGUGCAUGCGUAGAAGUGGUAAUGGAGGACGGUGAUCUACUCACAGGGGGCUAAGUUAGCAAGCUGUCUUCUUUCUCUUCUGUUCUAAACUACUGUUAUUAUUGAUUACGAGGUAUUUACAACGCAAAGGAACAACGACUGAAUCAACCGAGAGGAGGCUGAGUUGCCACUGAGUUUUGGGAUGGCGUCAGAUGUGGUUUCCCAAAACCAUGGUUCCAAGGGGAUCAUGACUUUUUACCCCACUGCUGAGGAAUUCAAGGACUUCAGCCGCUACAUUGCAUACGUAGAGUCUCAGGGAGCACACAAAGCAGGCCUGGCUAAAAUUGUCCCACCAAAGGACUGGAAGCCUAGAGGGUCCUAUGAUGAUAUCGAUGAUUUGGUAAUACCUGCGCCCAUUCAGCAGGUGGUGACAGGCCAGUCGGGCCUUUUCACCCAGUACAACAUUCAGAGGAAGGCCAUGACCGUAAGAGAGUUCCGCAGGACUGCCAACAGUGAAAAGUUCUGUGGUCCACAUUAUGAUGACUUUGAGGACUUGGAAAGGAAGUACUGGAAGAAUGUGACAUAUAACCCUCCCAUAUAUGGGGCAGAUGUUAAUGGAACUCUAUAUGACCCUGAAGUCAAAGAGUGGAACAUUUGCCAUCUGGACACCAUUUUGGAUACCGUUGAACGUGAAAGCGGGAUCACUAUUGAGGGUGUUAACACACCCUAUUUGUAUUUUGGAAUGUGGAAGACCACCUUUGCAUGGCACACUGAGGACAUGGACCUCUACAGUAUCAACUACUUGCACUUUGGUGAACCCAAAUCAUGGUACUGUGUUCCUCCAGAGCAUGGGAAAAGAUUGGAGCGUUUGGCUAAAGGAUUUUUUCCUGGUAGCUCCCAGAAUUGUGAGGCCUUUUUGAGGCACAAGAUGACUCUCAUCUCUCCCUCUAUCCUGAAGAAGUAUGGCAUUCCAUUUGAUAAGAUUACUCAGGAGGCUGGUGAGUUCAUGGUAACUUUCCCCUACGCCUAUCAUGCUGGUUUCAACCACGGUUUCAACUGUGCAGAAUCAACCAACUUUGCCACAGAGAGAUGGAUUGAGUAUGGCAAGCAAGCUGUUUUGUGCUCAUGCCGUAAAGACAUGGUGAAGAUUUCAAUGGAUGUAUUUGUGAAGAAAUUCCAGCCAGAUCGCUAUGAAUUGUGGCUCGCAGGGCGAGAUGUGGCACCCAUUGAUCACUCACGGCCCACCCCAGAAGCUAAGGAGUUCCUGGGGGAGUCAAUUAAUAACAUCAACAGCAGCAGUACCUCCAUGGAGACCUGUGGGGAGGACGGAGAGCGGAAGAGCACUACACAAAGGAUAGAGACCAAGAGACACAGAGUGUGUCUGGAGGUGCCCCAGGAGGUUGUUCCCAAGGAUGAAGAUGAGGAAGAUAUGGAGCAAUAUGGAAAGCGUCCCAGGCUAAACCUUAUACCUCCACGUACUCUGUCACAAGAUGGCAAAAGAAAUAAAGGCCCACCAAAAUUGGUUGUCACACCAACCAAACUUACUUUAUUGGAUCCGUUUCACAGGAGCUUGACCCAAAAUAACAGUGAUGUCAGCCGCCCCCCUCAUUAUACAAAGACUCGUGCACCUGCGAUCUCGUCUCAGUCUCAGCCCAGAAACGGACACCUAUCCAUCUCGGCAGCGCCAACGUGGACAGAAGCCACCGCUCAGCCUGCCCGCAAAAUGGGGGUAGCCAGCCUUCUCUUCCACAGGACUCUGAGUCCAAAAGACACUCUUCAAGUGCAUAGCUACACUCUGGAAAAGCAGCAGCAGCCUCACACACAGCUGCAAGUGCAUAGCUAUGCCAGAGAGCAUCAACCCCGUCAUCUCCAACACAAAAUCUGUACACCAUCACACAUGCAAGUUCAGUCCUCAACUCAGGCACCAAGCUGUGAAAGAACGGAGCCACAGCCAGAAUCCAAGAUGGUACUUACCAAUGUAGCACUGAAUGAAUCGGAAGCACAGAGUCUUGUCGAGCUGGAGCCAAAGGAGGAGAAGCCUGAAAUAACAGUGCCCGUUGAGGCUCAGACUGAAGUGGAGAAGCCUGAAGUUGAGCCCACCAGCCAGUCGGCUUGCUCUCCGACUCAAACACAACCCAGCGAGUCGAGCACAAUGGAGCUGAAUGCCCCCAAAAACAACAAGCGAAAGAGUUACCAAUGCCCCCUUGCGGAUAGUGGCAUUGUCAUCCUGAAAGACACCAUUCCUGUCAGGAAACCAAUGCCUGAUGAGAUGAAGGUGAUCGCUCAGAAUCAUCAUCAGGUGGCAGAAGAGCAGUCAUACUGCAAGUCAGUUGUGAAGAAGCAACAGCAGCAGGCACAGCUCCCUAAGCUGCCCCGUCAUCACCCUCUCAUCAGAGAGGUGCACAGUGACGAUGAAGUGUACAUAGAUGUGGAGGUUGAGCAAGAGGAGAAAGAGGAAUGGGCGAAGCCUCUCACCCAGCUGUGGCAGUGUCGGCCAUAUAACCUUCAGGCGGAGAAAGAGUACAACAAGAGCAUGGGCCAGCAGGCCCCCUACUGCUCCAUCUGCCUGCUCUUCCACACCUACCACCAGUCGGAGUCCAGUAGUGGGAAUUCCUGCAUGACGUUGGUGAACCGUCCAGGGGGCCGCCAGUGGUCCAAACCACUCAUCCCGGAAAUGUGUUUCAACACCCAGACCAGCAAGACAAAUGAUAGCGGGGAGGGACUGCUGUCUAACCCCCAUCUAGCAGAGGACGGUACCAGCCGGCUGGUCAGCUGUGCUCAGUGCUGCGUCCGCGUACAUACCAGUUGCUACGGUGUGUCUGGGGAAGACGCAGAGCUAGACGACUGGCUGUGCGCCCGCUGUGAGGCAGAUGCCAUCACCGAGGACUGCUGUCUGUGUUCUUUAAGAGGUGGAGCACUGCAGAGAGCAAACAAUGACAAGUGGGUUCAUGUGCUGUGUGCCAUCACUGUGCUGGAAGCUCGCUUUGUCAACAUCACUGAGCGGUGCCCCGUUGACCUCUCUGCAAUCCCGCUGCCACGGUUCAAACUGAAGUGUGCACACUGCAGGAAACGGAUGAAGAGGGAGGUGAAGGGCUGCUGUGUCCAGUGCUCCCACGGGCGCUGCUCCACAGCUUUUCACCCCACCUGCGCACAAGCAGCUGGUAUCCUCAUGCACCCAGAUGACUGGCCGUUCAUAGUCUUCAUCACCUGCCACAGACACAGAGCACCCCUUAUACCUGAGCGCAACAAGGCCUCCAUGCGAGAGCUGGCAGUGGGCCAGAGGGUGAUCUGUAAACACAAAAACAGCCGUUAUUACCACAGCGAGGUGGUGGAACUGACUACAGCCACUUUCUACGAGGUUGUGUUCGACGACGGGUCAUACAGCGACAACCUCUUCCCAGAGGACAUUGAGAACCGUGACUGUGUCCGGCUCGGUCCACCCGCAGCAGGUGAUGCUGUUCAAGUACGAUGGACAGAUGGGUUGAUCUAUGGAGCCAAGUUUGUAACGUCACACUCCAUCCCCAUGUACCUGGUGGAGUUUGAAGAUGGAUCACAAAUCUCCGUCAAGCGAGAAGACAUCUACACUCUAGACGAGGAUCUGCCUAAACGAGUCAAGUCACGAAUGUCUGUGGCGUCCGAUAUGCGCUUCGAGCUCUUCACGCAGAAUGACGUCAAACAGAACUCCAAAAGGCAACGAGUCAUUAACUCUCGAUACAGAGAGGACUACAUUGAGCCUGUCAUCUACCGAGCCAUCAUGGAGUGACAUCCGGUUCCACCUAUCUCUCCUCCUCAUUCACCACCUUAUCACCACGGAGAGAUGCAGCUCCAGGUCUUCGUUUCUCGGUCUGGCUUCUCUGUUUCUGCUACUGCUGAUAGGAACCUCCUCUUCCUCCUCCUCCUCCUCCUCCUCCUCGUCUUCCUCCUCCCUG